AUGGCAGACCCCGUGCACGGGCCGCAGAACGUGGAGGUGGUUGACAUCCGCUCGCGGCAGCUGACGCUGCAGUGGGAGCCCUUCGGCUACGCCGUCACGCGCUGCCACAGCUACAACCUCACCGUGCACUACCAGUACGUCUUCAACCAGCAGAAAUUCGAGGCAGAGGAGCUCAUCCAAACUUCUUCCCACUACACCCUGCGCGGGCUCCGGCCCUUCAUGACCAUCAGGCUGAGGUUGGCUCUUUCCAACCCCGAGGGCAAAAUGGAAAGCGAGGAGCUGGUGGUGCAGACUGAGGAGGAUGUUCCUGGACCAGUUCCCUUGGAAUCUAUCCAAGGAGGACCUUUUGAAGAGAAGAUCUACAUUCAGUGGAAACCUCCAAAUGAGACAAAUGGCAUCAUUACACUCUAUGAGAUCACCUACAAGGCUGUUGGGUCUCUGGAUCCCAGUGCCGACCUGUCCAGCCAGAGAGGGAAAGUCUUCAAGCUGCGGAAUGAAACCCAUCACCUUUUUGUAGGAUUGUACCCAGGCACCACCUAUUCAUUCACCAUCAAAGCCAGCACAGUCAAGGGCUUUGGGCCACCCAUCACCACCCGGAUUGCAACUAAGAUCUCAGCACCGUCCAUGCCGGAGUACGACACGGACUCUCCCCUCAAUGAGACUGACACCACCAUCACAGUCAUGCUGAAGCCUGCUCAGUCCCGGGGAGCACCUGUCAGUGUCUACCAGCUUGUUGUCAAGGAGGAGAAGCUGCAGAAAGCCCGGAGAGCUGCAGACAUCAUCGAGUGCUUCUCAGUGCCAGUGAGCUACAAGAAUGCCUCCAGUCUGGACUCCCCACACUACUUUGCAGCCGAGCUGAAGCCCAUCAACCUUCCUGUCACACAGCCCUUCACCGUGGGCGACAACAAGACCUACAAUGGCUACUGGAAUGCUCCUCUUUCCCCCCUGAAAAGCUACAGCAUAUACUUCCAGGCUCUUAGCAAGGCCAAUGGAGAAACAAAAAUCAACUGUGUCCGGCUGGCAACAAAAGGAGCUUCCACCCAGAAUUCCAAUGCAGUGGAACCCGAAAAGCAAGUUGACAGCACGGUGAAAAUGGCUGGAGUUAUAGCUGGUCUCCUGAUGUUUGUUAUUAUCCUCUUGGGAGCAAUGCUUACCAUCAAAAGAAGAAGAAAUGCAUAUUCCUACUCCUACUACUUGAAGCUAGCCAAGAAGCAGAAGGAGACUCAGACCAGCACGCAGAGGGAGAUGGGUCCUGUGGCUACUUCUGACAAGACCUCCACCAAACUCAGUGCUGUUCACAAUGAAGAAGCUUUUUCUUCCAGCUGCCAAGAUGUUAAUGGAUUCAUUUCAUCAGACACCGUCCCAUCGACCACGCUGUUAGACAGCAGCCACGGGGAGCUGGCCCAGCCCACGCUGACCAUCCAGACCCACCCGUACCGCAGCUGCGAGCCCGUGGAGAUGUCCUACCCCCGGGGACAGUUCCAGCCUGCCAUCCGAGUGGCAGACCUGCUGCAGCACAUCACCCAGAUGAAGAGGGGACAGGGCUACGGCUUCAAGGAGGAGUAUGAGGCACUCCCCGAGGGGCAGACGGCGUCCUGGGAUACGGCCAAGGAAGACGAGAACCGCAACAAGAACAGAUACGGAAACAUAAUCUCCUAUGAUCACUCAAGAGUGAGAUUGCAGCUGCUGGAUGGGGACCCUCACUCUGACUACAUCAACGCCAAUUACAUCGAUGGGUACCAUCGGCCUCGCCAUUACAUUGCAACUCAAGGGCCCAUGCAAGAGACAGUGAAGGAUUUCUGGAGGAUGAUUUGGCAAGAAAACUCUGCGAGUGUUGUCAUGGUCACCAACCUGGUGGAGGUGGGCAGGGUGAAGUGUGUUCGAUACUGGCCAGAUGACACAGAAGUGUAUGGAGAUAUUAAAGUCACAUUAAUUGAGACAGAGCCACUGGCAGAGUAUGUCAUACGUACCUUCACUGUCCAAAAGAAAGGCUACCACGAGAUCCGGGAGAUCCGGCAGUUCCACUUCACCAGCUGGCCCGACCACGGCGUGCCCUGCUACGCCACCGGGCUCCUGGGCUUCGUGCGCCAGGUCAAGUUCCUCAACCCCCCCGAGGCAGGACCCAUCGUGGUGCACUGCAGUGCUGGGGCCGGGAGGACAGGGUGCUUUAUUGCCAUCGACAUCAUGCUGGACAUGGCAGAGAACGAGGGCGUGGUGGAUAUAUUCAACUGCGUGCGAGAGCUGCGCUCCCAAAGGGUCAAUCUGGUGCAGACAGAGGAGCAGUACGUGUUUGUCCAUGAUGCCAUUUUGGAGGCAUGUCUCUGUGGCAACACAGCCAUUCCAGUCUGUGAGUUCAGAUCCAUAUAUUACAACAUCAGCAGACUGGAUCCACAGACCAAUUCCAGCCAGAUAAAAGAUGAGUUUCAGACCCUGAACAUCGUGACGCCGCGGGUGCGGCCGGAGGACUGCAGCAUCGGGCUGCUGCCGCGCAACCACGACAAGAACCGCGCCAUGGACGUGCUGCCCCUGGACCGCUGCCUGCCCUUCCUCAUCUCCGUGGAUGGAGAGUCCAGCAACUACAUCAACGCCGCCCUCAUGGAUAGCCACAAGCAACCUGCUGCCUUCAUUGUCACCCAGCACCCUUUGCCCAACACCAUUGCAGACUUCUGGAGGCUGGUGUUUGAUUACAACUGCUCCUCCGUGGUGAUGCUCAAUGAGAUGGAUGCAGCACAGCUCUGCAUGCAGUACUGGCCAGAGAAGACAUCCUGUUGUUAUGGCCCAAUCCAAGUGGAGUUUGUUUCAGCAGACAUUGAUGAAGAUAUCAUCAACCGGAUAUUCCGGAUUUGCAACAUGGCCAGGCCCCAGGANGGCUAUCGCAUCGUGCAGCACCUGCAGUACAUCGGCUGGCCCGCCUACAGGGACACCCCUCCCUCCAAACGCUCGCUGCUGAAGGUGGUCAGGAGGCUGGAGAAGUGGCAGGAGCAGUACGAUGGCAGAGACGGGCGCACUGUGGUCCACUGCCUGAACGGUGGAGGACGCAGUGGCACCUUCUGUGCCAUCUGCAGUGUGUGUGAAAUGAUCCAACAGCAGAACAUCAUCGAUGUGUUCCACAUAGUGAAAACGCUACGGAAUAACAAGUCCAACAUGGUGGAGUCACUGGAACAGUAUAAAUUUGUAUACGAGGUUGCACUGGAAUACUUGAGUUCCUUUUAGCCCAGCAGAGGGAGGGGACCCCACGAUGUGCCAGACCCCGAGCUCUGGCGGAUGCUUCUCCCCUGUCCCACACUGGAAGGCAGUAACAAGUGUGGGAAGAAAAACUUCUCCUUCCUUCUCAGCAAGAGACUGAGGUUGCAGAGACCUCGCUGGAAGGAGGAGAUGAUGCCUGUGUGUGCUGCUGCCUGCUUUCUAUUGGAACAUCUACUGCUUCUUAAAUAACUUACUGUAAAAAUUAGCAAAAUGGGAGACAGGCUGAAAGACUGGACUUUCUAAUCCCCUCUGACUUCUCUCCUCUUUUGGAUUGUGUUUUUGUUCUGCUUGCUGCAGAGUGGGGAAGGAAUGAAACCCUUAGGAAAUUCUCUUUUAAAUGUCUCCUUUUUAAUUUAUAAUUUUGUUCUCAAAUCCCAGCCUUUUAAUUUUUUAAUUUCAUGCAGCAGUCAUUUGGGAAAAAUGAGAUAGCCAUAGGGGAUACAUGAAAUGUUUCAUUACAAUUUGUCUACCUUAUCUGUUUCCUUUUAUUUGUUUUUCCAAAUGAAAAGGCCAACACA